AUGCCAGAUUUAGAAGAAUUCGGCGAAGAUGAAGAUGACGACGAGUGGGAAGUUGUUCAGGAAACGCACUGCCAUUUGGAACUUCCUGACUGCCCUGUCAAGGUACACUUUCGGAAGCAGAGAAAAUCCGCGUGGUCGGGCUGGACUCGGAAGAGCCCUUCCGUCAACAACAUUUUCUUCAAAGGAAACUACGAAAAGACGCUCGGGACGACGAUCUUCUUUGACGGCAACAGCAAGGCGCAGAGCAUGGUCGGCCAAGAAGUCGGAAAAACAGAAAGAAAACUGCUGAUGAAGGAAGUUCAUUUGAUCAAGAGACGCGACUCCUUCCACGAAGCAGACGGCAGAAGAGAGCUUUCCGUCGGCUUUGCGGAAGGAAACAUCGAAGAGGGAAAGACCAGGCUUGCCGUGAGCUGGUGGUGGGAUAACUUCACUUCUGACGCGACCUACUGCGCCGAGGAGAAUUGUCAAUUUAUUCAAAAAUUUCAGAUUUCCUUUUUUGAUCUGAUUUGGUCACGGUUGGAGCGUCUUUUUCUGCGGGAAACUGCCCAAGAGUUUCGAAAGCGACGAGCGAAGAAACUCCACUGCUCUGAAGGCAACGAUGGCUUGCUGAUUUAUAACGCCGGCAGGACCAGUCAUGACGACCGACCCGCGCUGCCCGUGCACAUUCCCACGGACCAGGAAAUCGAGCAGAUGAUUAAGCGAUUGGAUGCGAAUGUGCGAAGCGUGUUUGCUGAUUUAGGCCUUCCAGCGGGAAUUUGCCUCGCCAGGAGCACAAAGGAUGGAUUUUGCCCGGAAGUUUGA